ACGCUCUGUAUACAGAGGAAAAAAACUUCUUAAAAACGAAAACAUUAAAACGCACUUUAACAUUAAAGCGUGUGAUUCGUAUGUUUAUUCUUAGCGUCAUAAGGUAGUGAGUUAAGUAGGAAACAUAGACUAUACUUGCAUUAAUUAUAUUAAAAAAUACAAUUUAAAUUAGAACCUGUAAGGAUGUCGAAGUUUAUGAUGUUACAAUGGUGUUUGUUUUGUUUGAAUUUCAUGGUAACUGAACUUGCUGGACAAAUCGUGUUUUCAACCAGUGGCAAGAGGAUUAAUUUUAGUGUUUCAAACUUUAACAGAUUUCACGACUGCAUGCGUGAAAACAUAACAGAAUGCACAGCUACCUACAAUUUUAUGUAUAAUAAAUACAUAGUGCAUUCUUCAGGAAAUAAUAAUACAUUGACAGGAAAUAUAUACUAUGUUUGCACCGUCUACCCUAAUUUGUAUAGCCUUAAGUGUACUGCUAACAUACUAACAGAAGACUGUCUAAAAUUACCGGAAACCUGCACUUCAAAUAGAGCUGGAGUAGUUUUGCAAAAAGACGACAUCUACAUCUCUGGUGAUAACAUCAUGAAUUGUUCAAUUUUAUGCUGGCUUAAAGAUCUAACAUUUUAUUAUAGAUCCAUAGCCACCACCACAUCAACAACAGUACCUACAACAACAACGACGACGACGACGACGGAAAAACCCAGUUCAGCAUCAAGUACAACAGCCACAACAGCAUCAAUUAACACAAAUAUUUUCUAUCCAUCUACAACACACGCAUUACGUGAUAACAGUUCAGCGAAUGUUUCUGGGAUAGUUUCCAACAACGAUACAAGUGAUGACAUCGCUGAAACAACACUAAUCAUCAGCGUGUGUGUAGUUGGUGCUGUGGUUCUUGUUCUAUGUUUUAUCAUUGGUAUUUUCGUGUGGAGAAGGCAUCAGAAGUAUCUAAAGAGUAUUUCUACUGAUACAACACUAAAUAACCAUACACCUAAACUGAAAAGCACCACAAUCUCUAAACGUGUUAAGGAAAUCGAGCAUGCAACAAACACAAAAGAUACAACUCAAGAUCCACCAGAUUUGGUAAAAACUGUACAUAAACUUCAAGUUACGGAAUAUUUUAAUUGUCUGGCUGAGACUGAUUACACAACAAUAGUAGAGGUAGGGGACAUGCAAGCUGCGUCAACUGGCCAUGAAAACUUAGAUCAGUAUGCAAAUACUAUGACCAUAAGUAGCAAUUCAAUAGACUCUGAGUGGGAAGUGAAACGAAGUCACAAAUCUGAAGGAAUAAAUCAAGAAUCCCAGCCAGGUAAAUCUUGUAACAAUAAAGAUUCUACUCUUGACUACUACAAUAGUGCUGAAUCAACCAGUAGUGAUUACCAAAGACUAGGACAAGAACUGCGGGAUUUAAAAAACCCUUACCAACAGUUACUUCAAGUAGAACAAGAACAACAACUCGUGCUUUCAGAUCAAGAGUUAUCUCCCUAUACUCUCGCUAAACCUGUUGUAGGGGAGGCAACACUUCAGAUUAUUGACGUAAAAGUCUGUGAUAAAAGGGCCACAAGCGAGGAUCAGCCAUACAACAACACUCCAGAUGAUGAUGAGAUCCAACACGUUACCAAUAUGCAACAACAUGAACCGACCGUGAAAAUCAGACGUAAUUGUUUGGGAUAUACAAUGAUAUUACCUAUGGAUAAAAAAUAA